UUUUACAAACACAUGAGAGGUGCAAGGAGCAAUUUGCAGGAAUUAAUGUGCUAUUCAGAGAGAGCUUCUAGAAGCCCAGGCGUAAUGAAUCUCCUUGCGAAUGGAAAAAGGAAGAUGGCCGCCUCUGCCCUAUUACUUUUGACCCUUUGCAUGGCAGUUUCAGCAGAUGGAUGCCCCUCAGAUUGCACUUGCUUUUCAGUAUUGACAGACUGCCGCAGUGCCAAUCUCCUUGCAGUUCCUCAAGACAUUUCAACAGGAACGGAAACAUUAUUUUUGGCAGAUAACCAAAUCACCACAAUUCAAAGAGGAGCCUUUGUAAAUUUGACAGGCCUAACUUUUCUGAGUUUGGCCAACAAUGAACUUUCAUUUCAGAAUGACACACUGGAAGGCCUGAAUAACCUCCUCUCCUUGGACUUGUCAGAAAACAGCUUGCAGGAGAUCCCGCUAGGUUUGUUUCAAACACCCUUAAGACUGGUUUGGCUAAACAUAGCGAAAAACAAACUUAAAAUUCUUCCCAAAUCCAUCUUUAGACCAUUGGAAAAACUCACCUACUUAGACCUUUCCGAUAACAGUUUAGACCUACACAAUCACACCUUUGAAGGACUUAUCAGCCUAAACACACUGAGUUUAUCAGGUAACAGGCUUAAAAGCAUACCAACAAAAUUAUUUGAUGCUGUACCAAAACUUCAGGGACUAGAUUUGUCGAACAACUUCUUAACACACUUGCCUGAAGGUUUCUUAAGCAACCAUUACAACAUGUCUGAUUUAAUCCUGAACAACAAUAAUCUAACACAUUCAGUUUUACCUGCAUUGCAAAGCUUGAGCAAUCUGAACUAUCUGUAUCUGUCUGGGAACAGCAUUUCAACUUUACCUCUGUUCCCCUUUGUUAAGCUCAGACGUCUUGUUAAACUCCACCUGUCCAAUAAUUCUAUAUCAGCACUUCCAGAUGGCUUCCUGGCAGGUUUAAACCAACUCUCAGUGUUAGAUUUGUCUGGUAAUUCAUUGGCUUCCCUGCCUGAGCAUGUUUUUCAAGGUAGCAGCCAGUUAGAAUACCUGCAUUUGGACAGAAAUAGCUUCUCCAAGCCCCCACUGUUUUCUGGGCUGCAUAAUCUCCAGGAGUUGACCAUGUGCUGCUGUCAAAUAACUCUUUGGCCAGAAGAGGUUGCUAUAAGCCACUUGGUGGCUUUAGAAUUAAUAGAUCUCUCCAAAAACCUCAUAGCAGAGCUAGACUCUGUAGUGGUUAGGAAUAAUAUACAUCUUAAGAAAGUCCUUCUGACUGACAAUCCAAUUUGUUCAAUGAGUUCUUCAGUGCUUCCAUUAUCUCCACCAUUGCAAUGCACAGGCUAUUAACUAUUAACUGUGUGUGUGUGUGUGUGUGUGUGUGUGUGUGUGUGUAAAAUUGAUUUAAAUAAAGGUAAAAAGCUGUUUAUGCUUUUUCUUUAUCAGACUAGAUUAUAUUUUGUGUUAAAAAGGUUAAUAAAUAACAAGCCACUUCA